AUGGAGCAAGAACAGGAGGUUAUAGGGGCUGAAAUGGAGAGUAAUCAUUGUGCAGGGGAUAAUCAAGAUUCGGAGGGUGGUACAGAGGCAACCCCUAAUACAGAUGCAAACCCUAAUACAGAUAAAGGGGUUGACCCAAAUGCAAUGGGUGAUCUACAUGCAGGAGCUGAACCAGAUGAAGGGGGUGAUCCAGGUGCAGUUAUUAAUCCAGCUGCUUGCAAUGAUUCACAUUCAGGGGCUGAUCCAGUUAUUGAGGGUGAGCCACAUUCAGGGAUUGUGCCAACUGCUGAUGGUGAUCUACCAGCAGGGUCUAAUCCAGCUUCAGAAAGUGAUCCACCUGCAGGGACUGUGCCAGUGGCAGAAGGUGAUCUACCUGCAGGGACUGUGCCAGCUGCUGAAGGUGAUCCACCUGCAUGGACUGUGCCCGGUGCUGAAGGUGAUCCUCCUGCAGGGACUGUGCCCGGUGCUGAAGGUGAUCCACCUGCAUGGACUGUGCCCGGUGCUGAAGGUGAUCCUCCUGCAGGGACUGUGCCCGGUGCUGAAGGUGAUCCACCUGCAGGGACUGUGCCAGCGGCAGAAGGUGAUCCACCUGCAGGGACUGUGCUCGGUGUUGAAGGUGAUCCUCCUGCAGAGACUGAUCCAGCUGCUAAGGGUGAUCUGCCUGCAGGCACUGACCCAACUUCAGAAGGUGAUGCACAUGUGGGGACCGAUUCAGAUGCUAAGCGUGACCCACCUUCAGGGAGUGAGCCAGGUGCUGAGUAUGAUCUACCAGCAGGGACUGAUCCAGGUGCUGAGAAUGCACCUGGUGAUUCCAGUUUAGAAGUGGAAUUUAAUGAUAAAGAAAAAGAGGGUUCAAGUAGUGAUAGCAGCAGUGAGGGUACAUCAAGUAGUGAUGAAGAAGAGGAGGAAGAGAAGGCUGAGGAGAAAAGGAAAGAACAGAUAAAGAAAGGUGGGAUUCUAGAAGCUAGGGAGGAAGGGGGUAGUGAGGCAGGAGACCCUGGCAAUGUUGAUGAAGGGCAACUACAUGGAGUGGAGAGAAAUGUGAAUCCUGCAACAGAUGAUGGAAGAGAGAAUGAAAAUGUAGCAAGCUCAGGGGAGAAGCAAGUAGCAACUAAUGUGGAAGAGAAGGUGACUGAACCAUCAGUGGUAACAGGAGAUGUUGCAGAUGUCUCACAGGAGAGUAGCAUAAAAGUAGAGGAGAGUGAAAAUACAGCAAAUGCCCCGUUACUGAGAGAAAGUGCUGAGGAAGAAGCCAUACGUGACCAGCCAUCUGGGGACUUUGCUAGAACUGACCAGAGACCACUGGAAGUUGAGCUCUCUAUGCAAGAAACCCUAGGGAUCCCUGAAUGUGAUCAGCAAAGAGAAAUCAUUAGAGAAAAUGGCACAGGGAAGGAAGAAAUGAUGAGCACCUCCACUACUAGCCCGGAUACAUCAUUAGAGGACAGCCAGGAACAUGACAUUUCACUCUUCGUAAAGGCUGGAAGUGAUGGUGAAAGCAUUGGGAACUGCCCAUUUUCUCAGCGCUUAUUUAUGAUCCUUUGGUUAAAAGGCGUAGUAUUUAAUGUUACCACAGUGGACCUUAAAAGAAAGCCUGCAGAUCUGCAAAAUCUUGCGCCAGGAACAAACCCUCCUUUUAUGACGUUUGAUGGAGAAGUCAAGGUAGAUGUGAACAAAAUUGAAGAAUUUUUAGAAGAAAAAUUAACAGUGCCAAGGUAUCCAAAACUUGCUCCAAAACAUGUAGAAUCAAAUUCAGCAGGAAAUGAUGUGUUUGCUAAAUUCUCCGCUUACAUAAAGAACCCAAAAAUAGAUUUAAAUGAGAACUUAGAAAAAAGCUUGCUAAAGUCCUUAAAAAAGCUAAAUGACUUUUUUAAUUCACCUCUGCUUGAGGAGAUUGAUGCCAAUAGUACAGCGGAUGUCACUGUUUCCAACAGGAAGUUCUUGGAUGGCAAUGAGCUCACGUUAGCUGACUGCAACCUCCUACCGAAGCUUCACAUUAUAAAGGUUGUAGCCAAAAAAUUCAGAAAUUUUGAGAUUCCUGCAGAAAUGACUGGAAUAUGGAGAUAUCUGAACAACGCGUAUGCCAGAGAUGAAUUCACCAACACUUGCCCAGCAGAUUCUGAGAUUGAGUUAGCAUAUUAUGGUGUUGCAAAACAAAAAACAGUGUCAUAAUUAUCUGCAUCCCAAUUUUGGAACCGGAGCAAAACAGAAAAUAAAUUAUUUCACCAAUGAGUAAAAUGAAGAUACCUGUAUAAAUCAGAAAUGCAGGAACAAUAUCCUAAUUUUCAGUUCUGUUUUAUUCAUUAAUGCAUUAUUGUUGUUAAUUGUAUUUUUUUUGUUUGGUUUUGGAAGAUGAUGUGGAAAACAUUACUUUCAUAAGCUUGAAUCAAACUUUUAGUCCAUGUCAAUGUGUUUAUGUGGGACUAAUGGUUUUGGAAAAGCAAACAUAAUCACUUUUUAUGUAUAGUUAGGGGGUAAAAAUAAUAGAAAAUGCUGAAAUUGUCCAGUUAUACUGAGCUUAUAUCGUAUAAAUCUGUUAGCUGUGCCUGUGCUGGCAGCACUUAAAAAAAGUACUUUAUUCCACCAACAUUGGAAAAUUCUGACAGCUGGCAAAACUUUACAGCAAAUAAUUAAUUCUUAAAAAGCACAUAAACA